AUAUAAGCCAUUAAGGCAGCGCAGGGAGUGCAGUUCCGUAGAGGCAAAUACAGGCAGACAGACAGGGCUCAGAGGGCAGGGACAGAGCUGCUGGGAGUAGAGGAACUGAAUAUCCCACAGAGAGGCAGGCAGGGCUUCAUUCCCAUUGCACAGGUACCUGCCUUCUCUCAGUGCUGCUGUAAGUGCUCUCUGGCAAUACACACGCGUGUAACAUACAGCCAGGGACACGCUUGCACCAUGAGAUUUGCUGGGAAGAACUUCUUCCUUCUCCUGUGCUGCCUGGCAUUCAUGGCUGGGUUUAUCUACAGAAAUCUGCCGAUGGAAUCUUUGGAUCAUUUCUAUCUAUCUCCUCCCAACAAAUUCAGUGUUUCCUAUUGGGUGGACAACAACCUUACAAAUAAAGGAUCAGAAGAGUUUGCAGACCUUCUCAAACUGAUAGACUGGCCUUCACCUCCAUCUUCCAUCACCGACUUCAGUCUUUCCACCAACCCCAAGGAGUGUCGGUACGAGCUGAUGAGUCCACGUUCCAUAUACCGCGUGGGGGAAACAUUAGAGGUUCUUAUAACGGCCAAAGAUCACUAUGGAAGGGUCAAGUCCUAUGGUGGGGACUUCUUCCAAGCCAAGCUGCAUUCCCAAAAUAUUAAAGCUGGGGUCACAGGACGUGUAACGGAUCUUAACAAUGGCACCUAUUUGGCAACGUUUCUUCUUCCAUGGGAAGGGGAGGCCCAGGUGAACAUCAGGCUGAUUCACUCAAGUGAGGCUGUGUCUGUCCUUAAGGACAAAAGAGAGAGUCAUCCCGAGAAGGUGUAUUUUAAUGGGUAUUUCCAUUUCAAUGGAAGCACUGAGGAAAAAGAAUGUAACAUUGAGCUCCCAGGACGAGACGUGUGUAACUACAAUGAACCUGUAAGUGGGGACACCUGGCAGUGCUUAAAACCCCAGAAGAUGCCUUGCCACUCAUUGGUCUAUCACUCCAUGGGCGGGUACCGCACAGUGACCAACUCAUUGGAGGAUUCGUUGCUCAGUGGUUCUGUCACUGCUCAGAAAAUUAAAGGAGCCUUUACUUCGAUCAAGAUAGACCCAGCCAUCGAUUCUACAGGCCUCACAUCCAGGCUUCAGGUCUGUUCUCCUGGUCAGGAACCCAGCCAGCCAUCUGGCUUUUAUUACAAUGACAUUUGGACAUUGUUGGUCUGUCUCGGAAGACAUUUUCCCAGCCCGUCGGAUGCUCGUGCCUGCCUUAAAGGGAAGGACAUACACAUGUUUGGGGAUUCUACUCUACGCCAGUGGUUUGAGUAUCUGGAGAGAUUCAUACCAACUCUGAAAAGAAUUGAUCUGCAUGUAAAUUACCAGUCUGGCCCGUUGCUGGCGGUGGAUCCAGAUGCCGGCCUGGUAAUGAGAUGGCGGGCCCAUGGAAACCCUUUGCGCACCACCAAGACUAUGUUCUCCGACCUGCAUUAUGAGGCAGCCCACCUGUAUGGGAUUGGUGGGGGACCACAAACCGUAGUGGUCUUUACCCUCUGGGCCCACUUCACUUCCUACCCAGUUAGCGUCUACAUACAGAGGUUGUCAAGGUUACGGAGGGCGAUUUCCUCUCUGCUCUUCCGGAGCCCUGAGACCACUGUGCUGAUUAAGUCGGCUAACACCGGCUACAAAUCCAUUUAUGGCAGUGACUGGCUCUCCCUUCAGCUGGACUUGUUACUCAGAGCGAUGUUCAAGGGGAUGGCGGUCACUAUCCUGGAUGUUUGGGACAUGACCUCCUGCCAUUAUCUGCCUGAUAAUAUCCACCCAGGAGCUCCAGUUAUCCGGAAUGAAGUGGACCUCAUGUUGUCCUACAUCUGCCCCAGAUGAGCUCAUAAAGAGAUUAACGUCUAGAGCCAAGGGCAAAACAGACUUCUAGUGGCCUCCUUGUAUUUCUAGUGGACCCAAACUAUGGCUGCUUCAACACUGUGAAAAAGCCAAUUCAAGAGGUACAGAGGGCCCUACCCAAUCUAAAACAGAUGGGAUGAAGGCACAAGGUGUAGGGGCCUUACCAAUCUGCCACCAUGUGUAGAAUAUUCUGAAUGACUUGACUGCCCUUACACUAAGGAACCCCUUCCUACACUGCUGGUGAUAUUUCAUUUCCUAUGAUAUGAGGAAGUCCCCUUCCUAGCUGCAAUGUAAUGGAGAAAAUAAAUACAGACAGGGUCAGACCAUGUGACU